UGUGUGUGUGUGUCCUCUUCUUCAGCUGGAGUUGAAAGUUAAAGCGUCAGUCGUUCGUCAUGACGGUCUGACAUCGAUGAAGGGGUUUUACACAGGGAAUUAAGGGGAAACGGCACUUUAGACUGGUGUAAAUAUGGCACAUCGUUCCCAGUGCUCCUCUGCCGGGGACAAUCCCCUGGACCCCAACUACCUGCCCCCUCAUUACCGUGAGGAAUACCGAAUGGCGAUUGAUGCUCUGGUUGAAGCUGACUUGGAGGGUUACUAUGGGUUUCUUAAGAAAGCAGAUGUGGUUGAUUUCUUAUCCUGUUCAGAGAUUGAGUAUAUCAAAUGCAUGGUUCAGGCUCCACAUCACAUUGCCCAACCAGAGAGGCGAUACAUGGCUGAAGAUGUAGAUGGCUCUUCUGAUACUUACUGGCCAGUACAUUCAGACCAUGAUGCUCCCAGCCUGGACCUUGGCUGGCCACAGCAAUUCAGAUUUAUUGGACCCACUGAGGUCACUACAUUGGUGAACCCGUCUGACCCCGAGAUGCCCAGUAUCAAGGAGCAAGUCCGCAGAAUGAUCAAGAAUGCACAACAAGUUAUCGCUGUGGUAAUGGAUAUGUUUACAGAUGUUGACAUCUUUGCUGAUAUCCUUGGUGCAGCGACACGUGGUGUAGCUGUUUAUGUUCUUCUUGAUGAACUGAAUGCUCACCAUUUUGUUGCAAUGGUCAACAACUGUAGGGUGAAUCUGGAUGAAAUAAAAUUCAUGCGGGUAAGAACUGUAUCCGGUAGUACCUAUCACUGCCGAACAGGAAAGACCUUUAAGGGUCGGAUGAUGGAUCGCUUUAUACUGGUAGACUGCAGAGCUGUUUUAAGUGGCAACUAUAGCUUCAUGUGGUCUUUUGAGAAGAUACAUCGCUGUCUUGCUCAUCUCUUUUUGGGACAGCUUGUAACCACCUUUGAUGAAGAGUUUCGGAUUCUCUUUGCCCAUUCAGAGCCACUGGUUGUUGAAAAUGUUUUGGCAAAUAUGCAACACUCUAGUGGAGAACCUGAAAGCUACUACAACACAGAAAAGCCCCACAUGUUUAACAGAGAAUAUCCAACCAUUGGUAUGGAAUUGGCUGGCCGUACUACAGAAGAUAGUUUGGGUUACAAAAGGUUACCUUUUAGGAGUGAAUCCAUCCACAGUGCAGCAGAAGCAAAUCCCUCUAUUCAGAGGAACAUGAACCUGAAUGCUGCCCAGCAAUAUAGAGGGAACCAUCAAUUUAUAGAGCACGGAAGGCAAAUGAGAGGACCAAAUGAAAGGAUUGGCUCCAUAGGACAUAGCUCUGAAAAUAUUCCUGAUUAUGAAUAUAUGCCCCCUGAAAACCAUCUAACAAUAAGAGGAAAGCAGUACAUGGAGGGAGCAAUUCCCCACGUUGGACACUUUGCACAGGAACCAUAUAUUCACAAGGGAGCUGGAUUACAAUCUGGUUAUGACAUGUAUGGAAGGGGUAGAGGCCAAGGCCAACACAUUGAUCAGUUUUCAGGGCCUGUCUACCCUCAUGAGGUAGAUAAGGAUGAACCACCUGGAGCUUAUGACCAUAUUCAAAGAUACCUGCAGUCUCAACCUGCUAUGGAGGAAGGACAUGGGCCAAGAAAUUUAAUACCACCUGUGCAGUCCAAUCUCAAGAGACAUAGCAUGGGACAUUCUUAUACAUGUCAGACCUCCCCAACACAACCGAACCCACCAGAACAGAAACAUUUCUUCAAUGUAAACCGCAAAGCACAGGAUGUGAGUCAAAAGCAGGGCAUGCGGGACUGGAGAAUCAGCUCAUACCUUAGUGCAUAUGAUGAUCCAGGAGAGCUGGAUUUAGCUGAACUUGAAGGAUCCACUGCAUGUGAUGACAUUCCAUGUUUUACGCAGGAAGCUCCUUGUGGCCCCAUACGUCCUGAAAUUAGACUAGGAAAUAGAGAGUUUAACAGGAUACCUUCACCUAAGGAAAAUACCAUGUUUGCCCAAAUUCAGAAUAAUUCUAUUAUGCCUGACAGUUCAGUUAAUCAUCCAUAUAACUUACCACAAAUAAAUAUCAAAACAACACCAGCAUCAACUUCAGAGUCUUCUUGCACCACUGAGGGUGACAAAGUGGAGGAGACACAGAAUAGAGAACAUAAAGAGACUAGUCGGAUAAGUGAAGAGUUCCUCAGGAGGAAACCCAACCGACAAGUCCAGAGGAGUUCCAGACUGAGACACUCGCUAAUAUUCAGUUCAAAUUUGGAGUUGCAUGCAUCAGAAGAGAUGAAAGAUACUGGUGAAGAAAAAGAUGUAGAUGAAGCUUCAAAACUUUCAGCUCGUGUGUCCCAAAUCAUGGAUAAAAGGAGAACUGGUUCUCCAUUUCAACCAUUUCAGUGGAGCAGUUUGGCAAAGUCAGCCACAUUUGAUAACUCUGCCUCAGAGUCUGCACAGCCUGAGGAUAAACUGAACAAAAUGGGUGAAACUUCUGAUGUAGAUAAGGUUGAAAUAUGCCGAAAUCUUAGAAAGAAUUCAUUACAGGGUGAUCUGCAAGAAAAAGAUCUGGCCCAAACAGUUCCUGAAACAAACAGCCAAAGGGAUGAAUGCCCAUCUAAUUUAUUGCAAAAGUCAUCUUCUUUCAUAGAUAUGAAUGACCCUGACUCUAGGCUGAGGUAUUUCAAAGAGUUAGCAGCCAAACGCAAACUUGCAGCAGCAAAGGCUUCUCAGAGCAAUCCUAUGAAAGCCACCCAUAAGUUUACUCUACCAGAGAAACCUUUAACUAUUGAUGCAGAUAAAAAAACAGGACAUGUUUUCAAGAUCCCAGAAACUCCACUCAAGUCAAAAAAUACCUCUGUCACAGAGAUUAAAGACACCAAAUGUGAGGAAUCGAGUAAAGACAUCCUACAUAGAGCUACUGAUGCUGAAAAAAUUAGAUUUAAGAAACAGCUUGCAGAAAAGUCUGGCUCAUCUUUAAAAAAUUUAAAGGGAGACAUUGAUCAAGCUCUAAAAGAAGAGGCAAGAACAGUAUCUACAGCUAAAAACCAGACACCCCCCAUUUUAAACAUUGUUUCACAAAAGCCUUUCGGUGCCUCACAAAAUCAAGUCAUUUCUGUUGCAUUAGAUAAUACCUCAACAGAAUCUGGCCUCAACCAAUAUCAUAUUCCUAAAGAAACAGAUCCCUCCCAUGCCAUUGCGACUGAGAGUGGUCUGCCUAUAAAGUUACCACAGACAAAGUGUGUAUCAUCACUACACACCACUACAAAUGAGGGAAGUCUGUCUGCAAAUGAUUUACAAACUCUUGCACAGAAUGUAUCCAAUAUAUCUAGCACAUGCUCUGAUACUGUACCUCUUGAUUCUAAUUCAACAGCAAACCAUGCAACUGUAGAUACUUGUGUACCUUCAAAAAAUGAUCACAAAGAUACAGUUCCAUCCCCAGCAUUUUUACAUACACCUGGAAAUAGUUCCAAUAAACACCCCACUGCAAUAAAGGCAGACUCUUCUCAACACCUUAAUGAAACUGGGGCAGAUAUUUCAAAACACUCCACAACAGUAGGGGCUGAACCAUCUACAGUAGAAAAUGUGUAUCCCCAACACCACUCUGUAACAGAGAAAAACUCUUCUCAUCAGCAUACUUUAAUGGAAGCCGACUCUUCCAAACAACCCAUUACCACAGAAAGUAAACCCUCACAAAAAUCUACUUCACCAGAGGCAGACUCUUCUCAACACACUCCUGCAUCUAAUACAGACUGUUUUCAACAGUCUGCUGCAGUGGGGAAAAACGUUUCCCUGCAGCCCUCUGCUACAGAAAGUGGAACUUCAAAAGACUUCCCUAUUACAACAGAAACUGACUCUUUCCAACAGCCAACUGCAGCAAAAAGUGAAUCAUCACAUCACUCCACCACAAUUAAAGUAGACUCCUCUCAACAUCAAAUGGAGACAGACCUUCCUCAAAAGUCUAAUGCAGUGGAGACAGAUUCUUCCCAGCAACCCACUGCAACAGCAACAGACUCUUCCCAGCAGCCCACUGCAACAGAGAUAGACUCUUCCCAACAGCCCACUGCAACAGAGACAGGCUCUUCCCAGCAGCCCACUCCAACAGAGACAGACUCUUCCCAGCAGCCCACUGCAACAGAGACAGGCUCUUCCCAGCAGCCCACUCCAACAGAGACAGACUCUUCCCAGCAGCCCACUCCAACACAGACAGACACUUCCCUGCAGCCCACUGCAACAGAGACAGGCUCUUCCCAGCAGCCCACUGCAACAGAGACAGGCUCUUCCCAGCAGCCCACUCCAACAGAGACAGACUCUUCCCAGCAGCCCACUCCAACAGAGACGGACUCUUCCCAACAGCCCACUGCAACAGAGACAGGCUCUUCCCAGCAGCCCACUCCAACAGAGACAGACUCUUCCCAGCAGCCCACUCCAACAGAGACGGACUCUUCCCAACAGCCCACUGCAACAGAGAAUGAUUCUUCCCAGCAGCCCACUGCAACAGAGACAGACUCUUCGCAGCAGCCCACUGCAACAGAGAAUGAUUCUUCCCAGCAGCCCACUGCAACAGAGACAGACUCUUCCCAACAGUCCACUACAACAGAGAGAGACUCUUCCCAGCAGCCCACUGUAACAAAGACACACUGUUCCCAGCAGCCCACUGCAACAGAGACAGACUCUUCUCAGCAGCCCACUGCAACAAAGACAGACUCAUCCCAGCAGCCCAAUGCAACAGAGACAGACUCUUCCCAACAGCCCACUGCAACAAAGACAGACUUUUCCCAACAGCCCACUGCAACAGAGACAGGCUCUUCCCGCCAGGCCACUGCAACAAAGACAGACUCUUCCCACCAGCCCACUGCAACAGAGACUAGCUCUUCUCAACAGCCCACUGCAACAGAGAGAGACUCUUCCCAACAGCCCACUGCAACAGAGACAGGCUCUUCCCACCAGCCCACUGCAACAGAGACUGGCUCUUCCCACCAGCCCACUGCAACAGAGACAGACUCUUCUCAACAGCCCACUGCAACAGAGAGAGACUCUUCCCAACAGCCCACUGCAACAGAGACAGACUCUUCCCAACAGCCCACUGCAACAGAGACAGACUCUUCCCAACAGCCCACUGCAACAGAGAGAGACUCUUCCCAACAGCCCACUGCAACAGAGAGAGACUCUUCCCAACAGCCCACUGCAGCAGUCACAGACUCUUCUCAGCAGCCCAUUGCAAAAGAAACAGACCCUUCCCAGCAUCCCACUGCAAAAGAAACAGACCCUUCCCAGCAGCCCACUGCAGCAGUCACAAACACUUCCCAGAAAUCCACUUCAACAGUCACAGACUCUUUCCAGAAGUCUGUUCCAACAGAGACUGACUCGUCCCAGCACCUCAGUAUAACAGAAAGUGAGCUACCCCAAAAUCCCACCAAAAUGGAGACAGACACCUCCAAACAUCCUAUUGAAACAAAAAAUGAAUCCCUUCAAGGCAUCACUGCAAAAAACUCUGACUGUAUGAAUGAGAAAAAAGAUGAGAACUUAUCUGAAGGCCUUAUAAAACUAAUACCCAUUCCAGAGGCUAACAAUACUCAAAAAGAAAAUAGCAUAUCUCAAAAUGAAGUCACCACAGUCUCAUGUUCCCCAGCUAAACAUUCCCAAUCUGAAACUGUUACACCUUGUGGUAGCCAAGUGGAACUAAACGAAACACAAGCAUCGGCCAAACCAUGUAUAACUCCUACAGUUAAAGAUGCAGACAAUGGUGCUUUAACUAGUCUUGAUUCAGUGGAGGUGUGCUUAACUCAGUCUCAAGGUUCUCCAGAGUCUUGCCUGUCCUCGAAUGAGAUCAACUCAACUCAGGCAAAAACACAAUUACAAUCUAGCUUUUCAUCAAACUCUAUGCAAUCUAGCUGUCAAAAUGACUCAAAGCCUGAGAAAACAGAUGAGUGCCAGAAAUCUGACUCCAUUACAGAGCAAAAUCAGAGUCAUGACCCUUCACCUGUAGAUGCAGGGCCCAAUAUAGCUCACAUAGAAGUUUCUACUGCAACAGACUCUAAUGAAGUUGAUAAAAUGAAACAAACAACACCACAGGUAGAAAACACUGUGACUAACUUAGCAGAGGUGUCAGAAAAAUCACAUUUAACUGUACACAGCAAUUUAGAAAAUCAGUCUUCUAUUGCAGAGAAUGCAAAAUCGAAAAUGUCUGCACAUCAGACAUCAACUGCAAAUGUUAUCUCUUGCAGCAACCUUAGAGAUGACACUAAAGUUCUUUUAGAGCAAAUUUCAGCAAAGAACCAAAGCAGAUCUUCCCAGUCCAAGCAGACUCUUGAUGCACCCAACGAAGCCAAAAAGGUUGAGGUCCGCCCUGCAGAUAAUUUGUUUUCAAAUUAUUCAGGAAGGCCCUGGUCCUCCAAGGCUACACCAGAAGAGCGGGAGAUGUUACUACAAAAGAUGGAGCAAAUGCGUAAACAGAGGAAGGUCUACAGCCGUUUUGAGGCCUCAUGAAUUAAAGAAACCAUUGGAAGAGGGGCUCCCUUGAUGAACAAUAAGAGGAUAGCGAUUUUUUCUACCUCAUAACAGUGAACCCGCACAAACUUGGAUUGAGGUGUCUUAUAACUUCUGAUUAUGCCAAAGAGUGCUGCCUACUUUAUAUUGAGAGAAUAGAAAUCCCUGCAGGGCUUAACAAGCUAUGCAGAUGAUCUGCGUGACAAAACAGGAACUCUUAUCAGCCUUUGAUAGGGCAGGUAUUUCUCUGUGUGUAUAUAUAGUGUAGCUGUGAAACACAUUUCUGAAUCUUUUGUAGUUAUUGGUAGUUCUAUAUUCAGAAAUUAUGACCUGAUAUAAAUACUGUAAAUAGAAAGUUGUUUACGUAACAAAAACAAGGAGUUCAUUAAAAAUGUAACUGCCAGAGAUGGAGCAUGUGAGCGAUGUGGAGUGGGGGAGGAGUUGCGUGGUAUUGCCAGGAGCAAGUAGCAGGUCUUCUGAAAGUCUCCAAAUCGUUCUGAUACUGCUCCAACAUGUUCACAGACUAUUGUUUGUUUUUCAGUACAGCAUAACACUUUGCUCCCAAGUUUUUUUUUUUUUAAAUUUGAUAUAUGUAUUUUGUGCCCAGAUGUUUUUCAGUGAUCAUAAAAACAAACACUGAAAGAACUUUAUAGUUGAUAGUUAUAUAGUUUACAUUUUUCUUUAUACAUUUUCACUUUAUAGUUACAUUUUUCUAUGUAGUGAACUUGAAGCAGUGAGUAACAGGAAAUUGAAAACAUGGAACAAAGUGGAGCUGGAGCAAAAUGAUCACAGCAUGCUUUGAAGAGGGAAAAUGGAUUUUGUUCAGUCACAUGGUCGGGCCAGAGAAUAGAAAAAAACAGACUUUGUUUACUUGUCCAUCAGUUGAUUGUGUAAAGCCAACAUAAAAUAAAUUAUGAUGGUCUGUGUUGGUGCACAAUGGAAACUCCAAAAGCAUGUGUUUUUGAGUCCAACAUAUUAAUGAGGACAACAUGUACAUGCAGCACCUUUUUCUAAAUAAUUGAGUUUCUCAAUAUAUCAAAUUGAUAAAGUACACAAAAUGUGCAAUAUUGUGAAUUUAGGAUGGAAUACCGAUUUAUUUAAAUUGUGAAAUCUGUUUGACAAAAAUAACCAGUGUAUUAAAACUGCGUCUGUUUUUGAUGGAGGUCCCCAUAAGCUACAUGUGUAAAGAACCAAAUAUGUCUGUUACAUAUUACCUCCCAUUUCCAAAAGUUGUAUGUUUGAAUAAUUUUUAGGGCAAAAUGAGUAAUACUACUCCAAUAUGAAACUAAAUAUAUAUAUAUAUAUUUCAAAUAUUAAAAUCUCAAAUGUGUGUUAUUUGCUUUUGUCGUAAUCUAGGCUUUCAAAACAGUAAUGAAACAAUGCUCAAUCUGAUGAAAGAACAGUUCACACAAUGUUUGUUUUUUGUUCAAUCUGUAAUCGUUCCCCUUUGGCACCAUUAUGUGUGUUUUAUAUGGGAACAAAUGGAUAGUUGACUCAAAAAUAAAUUGUAAUCGUUUACCUUCA